CACACGUCAAUUGCUGCAAGAUGCAAUUAAUCAAUUCCAAAGACAACAUGGUCAGUGGCAAUAUUCCUCUAGAGGAAUCCAGGAAUGUAAUGUCGUAAGCGUUCACACAGUGAAGCGCUGUGCUGCUGAUGUGUGCUUUCUGAGGACAACGCGCACACGAGUCAAGGUUGUUUGUGGCCUUAGUUUGUCCUCAGUGGUAUCUCAUACACACACAGCGCGUUUGUCAGCUCCAAGAAUAGUGGGGAUCAGGUUCUGGACCUCACAAUUGGUCUGGUUGCGGUGCUGCUGCGAAGAAAAAGCAAGGAGGCGGGGCAUGUCUCCCUGUCCUGGUCACUGGCCCGCUGUCGUCUCACUCGAGAGGUUCUCUAAAGUUUUGUGUUGUUUGGAUCAUCUUCAAGUAUUGUGUUGAGAUUUGUUAAUGCUGCUAUUUCUGGACAAGCAUUGGUUUUAAUGGUAGUUGAGUGAGCAAGCAUUGGUCUCACUGGUUUGGUCCAUGCAGCGGUACCGCCACUAUGGCACCUCCUCCUCUUCAGUGCCCGUGGAGGAGCUCCACACCACCGAGGAGGAGGUGAGCACUAAGGAGCAGGCGGAGGAGCCGCUUGUAAAAGAGGAGGCUCAGGAUGGCAUCCGGACAACAGGAGGCGGGAAUGUGGAGGAGGCCCCUUCCACGCAGGAGGCACCGUUGCUCUCUGACUCAAAGCCACCAUCGUCGGAAAGCAAGAACGGGAAGAAGACGCAGAGCGCCGACGCGGGCGGAGGAACCAAGUAUUCUGUCUUCACCUGGUUUGUGGUCCUGGCACUGUUGGGCGUUUGGAGCUCCGUGGCCGUCGUCUACUUCGAUAUUGUAGACUAUGACAGCGUCAUUGCCAGAGCUGAGGAGUUUCGUUUGAACUUUUCGCAAGCUUUACAAGGGAAGCUGACGGCCUACGACACAGACGGAGACGGUGACUUUGACGUGGAAGACGCCAAAGUCCUGCUGGGCCUGAAAGAGACACCAAGCGAGGCGCUGUCACCUGAACACAAAGCAGAAACUGUGGAAGAGCGGCCUGCACAUCAGCAAACUUCACAGCCGCAGGGGGAGGAGUCAAGGGAGGCCGCCUCCUCGGAGACGCUUACGGAGGAGACACCUGCAAAGGAGACCUCAUCAGAGGAGAUACCCGUAGAGGAGACCCCUACUGAGGAGAUGCCAAUCUCUGGAUCUGAGGACGUGGACUCUGAAAUCCAAGCUGCCGUCCCCUUGCCUGCAUUUGUAGAAGACAUCUUUGUAGCGGAUGAUCCUCGAGGAAGCACGGAGCAUAUUUACGCGGAGGACGUGGACGCCAUCGACACAAGCGGAGUCUUAGUGGAAGAGCCGUCGUCGAAGGAGAGCGUCGCGGAGUCCGCAAAAGCUGUGACAAGCUCCAAGUUCACACAGGAAGAAGAACCGCCGGUGGAAGUGGAGAAACAGUCUGAGCCGGCAGAAGACCCAAGCGAGACCACCAGGGAGACAGCAGGGAGCGCCACUGAUGAAGUGGCCGCCGAGGAGAAGCCCAAAGAAAAAGCCAAGAAGAAGAAAGCAAAGCUGCUGAACAAGUUGGACAAAACCAUCAAAGCAGAAGUGGACGCUGCUGAGAAGCUACGCAAAAAGGGUAAAGUGGAGGCCGCACUCAAAGCCUUUGAGACGUUGGCGCAACAGCACCCGCAGAGCCCCCGCGCUCGCUACGGCAAAGCGCAGGCAGAGGACGACCUGGCCGAGAAGAUGCGCAGCAACGACAUGUUGCAGAAGGCCAUCAACAGCUACAGAGAAGCCGCCGAGCUCCCAGACGCCACCCCUGACCUUGUAAGAGCAUCGCUUAAGAGACGAGCCGAGCGCCAACAGUUCCUGGGACGCAUGCGUGGCGCCGUAGCGACCCUGGAGAGGCUGGUCCAGAUCUUUCCGGAGGACAUCCAAGUGAUGAACGACCUGGGUGUGGCCCACCUUUUGCUGGGAGACAACAAAGGUGCUAAGAAGGUCUACGAGGAGGUACUGGCAGCUUCCCCUGGCAACGGUUUUGCCAAAGUUCACUACGGAUUCAUCCUGAAGUCGGAGAACAAGAUCGCGGAGAGCAUCCCCUACCUGAAGGAGGGGCUGGAGUCCGGUGAGCCCGGCACUGAUGACGGACGCUUCUAUUUCCACCUGGGAGACGCUCUGCAGCGAGUCGGAGACAAGAGCGCGUACCAGUGGUACCAGUUGGGUCACGAGCGUGGCCACUUUGCUUCCGUGUGGCAGAGGUCGCUCUACAACGUGGAUGGGCUGAAGGCGCAGCCUUGGUGGACACCAAGCGAGACCGGCUACACCGAUCUGGUCAAGUCGCUGGAGAGGAACUGGAGGACCAUCCGAGACGAGGCUCUGGCCAUGAUGGACCGCAAAACAGGAAUGUUUGUACCCGAGGAGGAGAACCUGCGAGAGAAAGGAGAGUGGGGACAGUACACCCUCUGGCAGCAAGGAAGGAAAGCUGGGGAUUCCUGCCAGGCCGUCCCCAAGACUUGCUCGCUGCUGGACAGAUUCCCCGAAGCCACUGGCUGCAAGAGAGGACAGAUUAAGUUCUCGGUGAUGCAGCCGGGCACGCACGUGUGGCCGCACACAGGACCCACCAACUGCCGCCUGAGGAUGCACCUGGGCCUUGUCAUUCCCAAACACGGCUGCAGGAUCCGCUGCACCGACCAAACGAGGGGGUGGGAGGAAGGGAAAGUUCUCAUCUUCGACGACUCCUUCGAGCACGAGGUGUGGCAGGACGCGGACACGUACCGCCUCAUCUUCAUCGUGGACGUGUGGCACCCGCAGCUGACGGCACACCAGCGGCAGACCCUCAGCGCCAUCUAGACCAGGAGAUCUGAUUCGCUUUCUUGGUUCUUCUGGGUGAUACUACUGACUUGACCACCAGUCUCCCCACGUGACACGUACUUCCUGUUUGACCCCUUUGACAAAAGAAAGUUGUGUUAAAUGUUCACAUGAGCGUCGAAACCACUUUUUCACCUUCUGUUCCUCUACGCGCCCAUUUCCCUCAUCACUUUUGUACGAUGAUUACACACACCAGAUGUUAUUAGAGAUUAUAUUUUUUAUUAAAAACAACACAAAAACCUCACAAAAGUGCUUUUCUUC